CUUUCUCACCUCACACUUGUUUCGCUUACACAGUUAAAUAAAACCUUAAAAGGACAUUUGUGCGUGUUUGUGUGUGUUUCGCUCAUUUAUAAUCUUCAUUCACACAUUGUAUGAAACUUGUCUCGACUCUUUCCUUGCUACCCUUGAAUCCCACUGCUAAUUGAGCACUUGUCUUCCCGAAUCUCACUCUCUCUCUCCUUGAGAAAGCAUGGGCUCUCGCUAAUUUCAUCAGAUCACCUCUCUUCCCUCAAUCUUGUUCAUGCAAAUUGUGCUUUAACUUCUCUCAAGGGGGAAAAAUUCUCACUUUCCCACAAAAAAAUUGAUUCUUGCUCUUUUCCACCAAUGGGGUCUCGCUAAAUUGCUUGAUUCUUGCUCCUUUCCCCUUUCUGGUUGCAAAGUUUGAAUCUUUUCGAAUAUUGGGAUUCUGGGAUUUCAUACCAUGUAAAUUGAUCUCAGCUUCUUGUUUUUGGGUCUGUGCAUCUUGGUUUGAAGUAGUUGAUGGUUAAAAAAGUAUCUAGUUUGAUGUAAGUUGAGUGUUGAUAUGAUGGAUCUGAGCAUUAUUUCAGUCAACCGUUAGUCCAGUUUCUCUGUUCUUGAUCAGCAAUGCAUCCAUUUCGUUAGAAUUGUUUCUCUUUCUGCUACAAACAUGGAAUACAAGUAAGCCUAGGAUUAUUCUUGACCAGUUUCUGUGAUUCUUUUGUUCAUUUUUUGUUGAACACUUACAAACUAUUCUUUCCAAAUUUUUAGCAGGAUGUAACCUUUUUUUUUCUAAUUCUUGAAAGUAUGGGCCUCUUGAAAGGUCUCAAAUUAUACAUGGAUUCAAUAUAUGCCAACUUUUUACAAUAAUCAAGUAGUUUAUGCUCUUCUGCCCAUAGCCUUUCUUAUGCAAAUAUAGUUUUAGUGAUAUUGGCCUCUCGAGUACCUUUUUUUGGUGUUGAAUUAUACUUUGUGUGGGAAAUUUGGGUGUUUUUUCAUGGAGGAAACCUUUGUUCCGUUUCGUGGGAUUAAAAAUGACCUCAAAGGGAGGCUUCUGUGCUACAAACAAGAUUGGAGUGGCGGGAUAGGUGCCGGUAUCAGGAUCUUGGCUCCAACAACAUAUAUCUUUUUUGCAUCGGCAAUUCCUGUUAUAUCUUUCGGUGUCCAGUUGGAGAGAAACACCAAUGGAACUUUGACAGCAGUGCAAACACUUGCAUCGACUGCACUUUGUGGUGUGAUCCACUCUGUCAUAGGUGGACAGCCACUGCUUAUACUUGGGGUAGCUGAGCCCACGGUGUUAAUGUACACUUUCAUGUUCGAUUUUGCCAAAGAUCGAAAAGAUUUGGGGGAGAAGCUGUUCCUAGCCUGGACGGCAUGGAUAUGUGUGUGGACAUCCAUUUUGCUUUUCUUGCUGGCUAUCUUAGGUGCUUGCUCUAUUAUCAAUCGGUUUACGCGUGUUGCUGGUGAAUUGUUUGGUCUUUUAAUCGCAAUGCUCUUUAUGCAGCAAGCAAUUCGUGGAGUCGUGGAGGAGUUUGGCAUUCCUAAGCGGGGAAAUGGAAGUGCAACUGCACUUAUACCUUCCUGGCGCUUUGGAAACGGAAUGUUUGCUUUGGUGCUUUCAUUUGGCCUUCUUCUCACUGCAUUGAGUAGUCGUAAGGCUAGAUCCUGGCGCUAUGGUACAGGAUGGCUUAGAGGAUUUAUCGCGGACUAUGGUGUCCCACUGAUGGUGCUCGUGUGGACUGGCUUGUCUUACAUACCAGCUAACGAUGUUCCAAAAGGGAUACCGAGAAGACUUAUUAGCCCAAAUCCAUGGUCAGAUGGUACAUACGCGAACUGGACAGUUAUCAAGGACAUGGGGGAUGUGCCACUACUUUAUAUUAUUGGAGCAUUUAUUCCUGCCACAAUGAUAGCUGUGCUUUAUUACUUUGAUCAUAGCGUUGCAUCUCAACUCGCGCAGCAGAAAGAGUUCAAUCUGAAGAAGCCAUCUUCGUAUCACUAUGAUCUCCUUCUCUUGGGACUUUUGGUGAUAAUAUGCGGUCUAAUCGGGAUUCCUCCCGCCAAUGGAGUUAUUCCGCAGUCCCCAAUGCACACGAAAAGUUUGGCCACUCUGAAACAUCAGCUUUUGAGGAACAAGCUCGUGUCAACUGCUCGAGAUAGCAUCAGUAAAAAUGCCAAUCUAUCUCAGCUGUAUAGAAGCAUGCAAGAAGCAUACACAGAGAUGCAGACUCCCCUCGUGUACCAAACUCCCACUAUUCUGGGAUUGAAGGAGCUGAAAGAUUCUACCAUUCAGCGCGCAUCCACUAAUGGCUACAUGGAUGCACCAGUCGAUAAUGCCAUAUUUGACGUGGACAAGGAUGUCGAUGAUCUUCUCCCCGUGGAAGUUAAGGAGCAACGCCUCAGCAAUCUGCUUCAGGCUUUAAUGGUCGGAGCUUGUCUCGCUGCCAUGCCUCUCUUGAAAAAGAUCCCCACUUCAGUCCUCUGGGGCUAUUUCGCGUUCAUGGCAAUCGAGAGCUUGCCAGGAAACCAGUUCUGGGAAAGAAUCUUGCUGCUUUUCACAGCUCCAAGUCGGAGAUACAUGGUGCUAGAGGAGUAUCACGCGACCUUUGUGGAGACGGUGCCUUUCAGAACAAUCGCGUUCUUCACUUUGUUUCAGACGGUUUACUUGCUUCUAUGCUUUGGAAUAACGUGGAUCCCCAUAGCCGGCGUCCUCUUCCCCUUGCUGAUCAUGCUUCUCGUUCCCGUUCGCCAGUAUCUGCUUCCUAAGUUCUUCAAAGGUGCUCAUCUGCAAGACUUGGAUGCUGCAGAGUAUGAAGAAGCCCCCGCAAUUAGCUACAACUUAUCCUACGACGAGCAGGGCAAUGCCAUCACUCUUGACAGUGGCGAGUUGUUGGACGAGAUGAUUACUAGAAGUCGCGGUGAGAUACGCUCUGGUCGCAGCCCAAAGGUCACAAGUUCGACACAAUCACCUCUGGAGGAAAUGAAGGCUGCAUACAGUCCGCGGCUGCCUGAGAGGGCGCAGAGUCCACGUCUUAGUGAAAUAAGAUCGGAGCUGAGCCCGGGGUCGAAUGGUAGACAAGAAGUAAAUCGAACCCCGAGCCCUCUUGGACAAACCAGUCGUGGAUCAACGUCUUUGUAAUCGAGCUAUCUCCGUUAGUUAUCGUUUUGGUGCUUGAGAGGUCCUUAUAUGCUAAAGAGACUUAAGUAAUUAUUUGGUUAUUGUGUUUAAUAUGUCUUCUACAUUGUACACAACUUUCACUCUCUCAUGGGCAGAAGAGAGUUGAUGAUAAAAGUGGGAGAUAUUUAUUUGAUACUUUGUUCAAAUAUAUUGGUAGUAUAAACUAAAUAAAUUUGUCAAGAUUAUGUUUGUUAAAA